CGGAAGUUGAAAGUUAAGAACUCGUGGUUGGAAGCUUCGCGGGAAAUCUCUCAAAACAAAAGUGCGUCUGAUCGGUUCCUGAACAAGUCAAAACUGUUUUGCAACCUUAUAAUAGACCACGCAGAUGUAACCGAGCAAUACGAGCACAAUUUCUGACUAUUUAUACAUUUAUUUUACUUGAAAACGACACAUUGAAGGCAUUUUGUUGCAGCCUGUUGCGUUAGCUAAAGAGGCUAACAGCGCUGUGUCCCGUCUUGGAUCCGUGGUUAUCUGCUAGCGGCUGUCUGCAGAGUGUCUACUCGCUUCUGGUGUCUCGGUCUCCGGCCUAAACGUAAGGAUUUACCUGUGUGAGGAUGGCGGAGAGACCAGAAGAUUUAAACCUACCCAACGCGGUCAUUACUCGGAUUAUUAAAGAAGCGCUCCCCGAUGGAGUGAAUGUGUCGAAAGAAGCCAGAAGAGCCAUUUCUCAGGCGGCCAGUGUCUUUGUACUCUACGCCACUUCCUGUGCCAAUAACUUUGCAAUGAAGGCCAAGAGGAAAACCCUGAACGCGGGGGAUGUGAUGGCUGCAAUGGAGGAGAUGGAGUUUGAAAGGUUUCUGGAGCCCCUCAAAGAAGCUCUAGAAGUGUAUAAAAAGGGCCAGAAAGGGAAGAAGGAGGUGUCGGAGCAGAAACGAAAGGACAAAGAAAAGAAACAGGACUCUGAAAAUGACAGGAGCAGAGAAGAGGAGGAGGAGGAGGAAGAGGAGAGGAUGGAGGAGGAGCCCGAGGCAGAGGAGGACGAAGCUGAGAACUGAAAUUAACUAUUGCAAAUAUGCACUCAAAAACUACAUGGCUUGAUUUCACAUUUGCAACCUUAGUUUGACUACUUUUAUCUAGUUUGUUAGAUUGUUUUAAGGUGCACUUUGUAACUUUUCAGGUAGAGGGUCAGCCACCUGCCUGUCGCUAUGGAGGAUAUUGACUGGAAUGUUUCACGCUAAGACUUUUAUUGUGCCAGUAGGGAAAUUUGUCCUCUGCAUUUGACCCAUCCUUCAAUGCUGCUGGGAUCUUGAGCUAGGCUUGGUCAGUACUAGGUAUUGUGGUAUCAUCUGUUCUUUUCAUGGAUAUAUGCAAGUUUGAUGCCAUAAUGUGGACAAUUCCAGGACAAGCAACAACACCUCCAUGAGGACAAACAGGUGGCAGACCUCCAUCAGAAAAGUGACAGUGCAUCUUUUUCAAGUAAUGUUCUAACUAAUCUUGAUGUUACGUUUUGCAGUGUAAUGGACUUUUUAUACUGGAAAUGAUCUGAGGUCUUCCUAAACAUUCUGUGGUUCUGAGCCGAAAAUCAACGAAGACCUGCACUUCACAUUUUGAUAAACUUGUUCCUACAAAUUAAACAAAAAGCUGAACACGCCUACCUAAAGUGAUAAUAAGUAAUAACUGUUAUUUUUACACUAUCUGACAUUGCUAUAGAUCUGGGUCUGAUUAUUAAAAAGUCCGAAAAGCACAAUGAAAUUCAGCUGAAAUUUAAAUUUCUUUGUAAAGGCCACUCAAUACUGAUUUUAGUUUUAGUAUUCAAGCUAAUUUUUGUUCAUACAGUUAUCACAAUCUUAAAGUAAAAGGACAGAAAAUUUGACAACUGGGUAUGUGUCAUGUUGGAUAUUUAUACAUUUGUAAACCAAUAAAAUACAUUUUGUAUUUAAAAUGUCUUUAAGAUGCGUAUUGUAAAUGUACAGCAGUUUGCUCCCUCAAUCAUUUUUGAAACCAGAUUUUAACUCGAAACAAAAGAGCAUUGCCAACAUAAGGGAACUGCCUUAUCUAGAGGAUUUUUUUUUCUACUGUGCAGAGGGGUUUGCCUGGGAUCCAGAACACAUUUCACUAAUCUACGACAAUGUGAGUCUGAUCACUGGUGAAUCUCGACGUUUUCAAAUGUGUGAUUAACAGAUGAAUUAACCAAUCAGGGACAAGCAUAGUGGGUCUGUAUUGGAAAAUAUACUGCAUUUACUGGUAGUUACUUAUUGGAGUAACUUUUUGAAGAAUUUGUACUUUUCCUCCUAAUUGAGUAUAUAUAUAUAUUUUUUUAAAGUGCUCUUACUUGAGUAAAGGUGAUUACUGUU